AUGGGGCCGGGCUGUGCCAGCAUCUUGGGCUGGCUCCUGCUGGCGCAGGCAGCAUGGCAAGCAGCAGGCGGCCGUCCCUGCGAUGCCAAGGACUUCGGCCAGGGCUCGCUGGUGUGUGUCUGCAGCGCCACGUACUGCGACACGCUGGACCCUGUGGUGCUGCCGGCCCACGGUACCUAUGUCAGGUACGAGAGCAGCAAGGCCGGGAAGCGGCUGGAGCGCAGCGAGGGGAGCUUCCAGCACAACGCCGCCACUCCAGAUUUCCACCUCACCCUGGACACAGCACAGCGGUACCAGAAGGUGAAGGGCUUUGGUGGCUCCGUCACAGACUCGGCUGCCAUCAACAUCUUGUCCCUGUCCAAGGAUGCUCAGAACCACCUUCUCCGCUCCUAUUUCUCUGAGGAAGGCAUCGAGUACAACCUUGUGCGCGUCCCCAUGGCCAGCACCGACUUCUCCGUCCGCCUGUACACCUAUGCUGAUGCCGAGGGUGACUUUGAGCUGAAGCACUUCAACCUGACGGAGGAGGACAUGCGGAUGAAGAUCCCCAUCCUCCGGGCAGCCCAGGCAAUGGCCAAGCGGCCGCUGUCGCUCUACGCCAGCCCCUGGACCUCCCCAGUCUGGAUGAAGACAAACGGCGCGAUGACGGGGAGGGGGACACUGAAAGGCAGCCCCGGGGACAAGUACCACCAGGCCUGGGCCAAGUACUUCAUCCGGUUCUUGGAUGAAUACGCCAAACAUAACCUGACCUUCUGGGCAGUGACGGCGGGGAACGAGCCCACGGCCGGAGAGAUCAUCUUCUACCCCUUCCAGUGCCUGGGCUUCUCCCCUGAGCACCAGCGGGACUUCAUCGCACGGGACCUGGGCCCCGCGCUGGCCAACAGCUCCCACCGUGAUGUCCGGCUCAUCAUCCUGGAUGACCAGAGGGUGAUGCUGCCUUAUUGGGCCGAGGUGGUCCUCAAAGACCCCGUGGCUGCCAGCUACAUCAGUGGCAUCGGCAUCCACUGGUACCUGGACUUCCUGGCGCCCAUCGACCUCACGCUGUCCAUCACCCACCACCUCUUCCCGGAUUAUUUCCUCCUCUCCACCGAGGCCUCCACCGGCUCCUACUUUUGGGAGCCCAGGGUGGUGCUGGGUGGCUGGGACCGCGGCAGCAAGUACAGCCACAGCAUCCUGACGGUAGGGCUCGGCUGGGGACAUGGAUGUGCCAACCCCUGCGCCCGCCAUGGCUCAGCACCAUCCUUUGCCCCACAGAAUCUCAACAACUACGUGACGGGUUGGACUGACUGGAACCUGGCCCUGGACAUGAAGGGGGGCCCCAACUGGAGCAAGAACUACGUGGACAGCCCCGUCAUUGUGGACAGCAGCAAGGACAUCUUCUACAAGCAGCCCAUGUUCUACCACAUGGGGCAUUUCAGGUGGGUCAUGCCUGGGAGUGGGGCUGGGGUGAUGCCACCAGCCUGAGAGCGGGGUCCUCAUCCCUGCCUGGUGCUGUCCCUGCAGCAAGUU